AUGGCCGGCGUGGUGGAGCGGACUCUGGAUGAGAGAGAUCUGACUCCUCAGGAAAGUGCUGGCGCUGCAUCGAUCUGCUCGCGAGCCAAGUUCGAAAAAGUCAUCUCGUUGGUCGGGCUUGGAGUGGCAGGAUUCGCCUCAUUGGAACCUGAAACCUCCUCGUCGGUUUGUCUCCGUGGCCGCAGACUUGAUUUUGCGGAGCGGUUUGCGGGUCUUUCGGACGUGACCUGGUACUGGACGGGCGACCCUGACCCAUCGAAACAUCAAGCUAGUGAGAAGUGCAUCGACUACUACGCCGUCGUCAUGCGCCUGCCAGGAGGAAUUAGGGAGCGGACGCCUGUCAGUAGCAAGGCGAAGACGCACGUCGUAUUGUUGUUUUUGCUGCCGCAGAUGAACGGCGGUGUUGUUGUUGUUGUUGUUGUUGUUGUUGUUGUUGUUGUUGUUGUUGUUGUUGUUGUUGUUGUUGUUGUCGUCGUCGUCGUGAUUUAG